AUGGAAGGUGCGACCAAUGUUAUGUCGCUGUCUAAUCAGUUACAACAGCAACAACAACAGGAGAAGGAGAAGCAACAACAACAAAUGAACAAUAACAAUCCUGAUAUGCACAAGUCACUUCCACCAAUAUUACCAUCCGAUAAUGAUAAGAUGUUGUCGGACAAGAGAUCAAGACGAUUCUCACUCUACGUUUAUCAACAUCAUAGCAAUAGUACCAAUGACCUACAUAGUGCAGCGGCCUCGGAUAAGAGUAACAAUAAGAACAGCAGCAGCACGACGGUACAACCAGAGUUGUUUGGAUACAAGACACAUCAUGAAGAUGAGUUUGGAUACGCCUACACACACGAUUCCAACGAGAUUGACACAAGCAGUUCAUCAUCAGACAGUGCAUACUCUCUCUAUCGAUCGGCACCAUCAAUCUCUCCAGUGACCAGUUUCACACAGCUCAGAGAUGUGCCAGCAUCCACUCUGACAUCGACAUCGACAUCAACAUUGACUUCGACAUUGACAUCCAUAACAACACCAACUCGUUCCAAUGGACCAGCCACAGUCACCAGUCAAGCACCACAAUCAACAACAUCAUUAUAUCAUUCACAGACUCAAGUACUGGCAUACCCUCACACCGUUAUACCUUAUGCUCUCCCGAUCAUAUCACCAACGGCGCCACUGCUUGCCGAGACACAGACUCUGAAGCCACCCGAUCCCAAUCAGCUGCCAUCGUCCUACUUCUCCACAGUGCGCUCGGCGUACGCCGCCGACGUCCGCGUGGGCGGAGGCAGCUACAUGGAGGACGAGUACAAUGAGAAGGAGUCGAUACUGCGGCCCGUCGAGAAGUCGCUGUCGGGCGCAAAGGACUGGAACGUCGAGUUUCAAACAUUGGUCAACAACAAUCGCAUGGAAGGAUAUCGCGAGAUCUCCAAGCUGGCGCACGACUUUGUCUACACUGCCAAGAUCUAUGGCAAGGUCAUCAUCUCUGAGCUAAUGCUCCCACUACAUCUCAAAACAAUCAAACCGAUCAACAUUGGUGGAGUAGCCGGUGGUCACAAGUAUAUCGCAUUGGGUAUAUUGUUCAAGCUGGCACUCGAUUCACAAGGACUCUAUGUUGGAGACCACAACGCGAUGAAGGCAGCUGGACAUGAACUCAAAGGAUUGAUGAGUUAUUAUAAUGCAAGAGUGGAAGGACUUCAUCAUCCAUUGAUGACACUGAUCGAUUAUAGAGGCUUCCGUUUGGUGGCCAUGUCAUUGCUGCCAAUCAGUGGCGAGACCAUUGUCUAUGGCAGCAGUGAUGGUGGCAUCACGGUACACAGUGACAACACAUCCUUCAAUGAGAAGAUGGAGAAGUCUGCACAGAUACUCAAUAUCAAGGGUCAUAUUGUUGGCAGGGACAAUCCACGUCUCCUACACUCCUGUGGCGACAUUGAAGGUCACAUUGGCAACGAUGGCAACUUCUACCUGUUGGACUUUGCCCGUGUAUUCCCACCCGUUGUCAAGAUCAUCGAGAAUGGUCCACCAAGUCAUCUAUAUGAGUUGCUAAGACCUGAGCUUGUAAAGUCCAACUCCAAGCCAUUGUCAUCAGAUGCACUGACUGGAUGGGGCAAGUUUGAUCCCAACUCUUCAGAACACAACUAUGAAGUCAAGGAGGCAUCAUACAAGUUGUUCUUAAAGGUCAUACCAAAGUUUGUCAAGUACUUGGAUGGAUUGGACAUGUGUGAGAAGAAGGAGUUGCAUUUGACACAGGAGCUGCAUCGUGUUGGAAUCAACUGCAGAUACUUGGGACUGAUCAAGCGUCAGGUACAUUGUCCAUGCGUAAGAAGAAUCAUCCUCUGUGAGAUGUUGGCGCGUACCAUCAGGAGCGAGGUCAUGGCACUGUUCAGAGGCAAGAUGAAGACUGCCGACACACCCUCUGAAGAGCCCUUCAAAGAGGUAGUCGUCCAAUACUUUAACAAGGUCUUCAAGUUUGAGUCCACUCCCAAGGGUAAUGCAUGGCCUGCAUCACUAAAGGAGUCAAUAUCCAAGAAGUUCAUGGGAGCAUUCCAGAUAUUACCAGAGGAUAGAGAGACGAUAACAUUCGAAUCGAUCGUUGGAAAGAAGUUUGACGAGGAGAUGAUGAAGAGAUAUAUUCGCUCCGAUGGCAAGCAGGAGGACUUUUUGGUGAGCGACGUCGAUGUACACACGAUGAUGAAGCGUUUCAAUCAGUUGUCUGGUGUUGGCCUGACGCAACGCGCGAUGAAGGAGCUCCAGAAGCAGGACAGCAUUCGUUUGGUACCUUCCGACGUCAAGAGAAUGAAGGCCAAGGUCAAGGCACACCAUCUCGUCGAGUUUGCUCAGGGCAUGGUGCUGUGGGACGAGGCCAAGAAGGAGAUGAUGCUCAACAAGGUGGGCACAGCAGCAGGUAGCCUCAGCAAUCACAAUCACUUGGCUGCCGCUGCCGCCAACAUGCCAGCACUCCAAGGCGCCGAGAACAACAGCGAGAGGAUCGCUGAUCGUUUGAUGAUGUGUGCUGAUGAUCACUUCCGUAGUGCUCUCUCAGUGUCGCCACACAGCGGCGAGGUCAGUGCCAAUUGGGCACUGAUGCUGGUCGAGCGUGCCAGAAUAUCACGUCUCACCAACCCCGAGCUGGCCGACAGCCAGUACCACAUGGCCGAGGAGAAGCUGCGGACGAGCGUGUGCGAUGGCGGCAAGCCCAAGAUCACACUGGACAAUGUGCUGCUCGAGUACGCCGAGUUCCUCUACAUCUGGGGCACGUACUUCCACAUUGAGCUCGACAUGAACGAGGCCAAUGGACUGCGCAGCAAGAUCCUGGGCCGCUGCCAAAAGAAGAUCUAUGAGGCCAUCCAGAUCAACCCGUCCAAGUUCUCCGUGGUGCUACAAAAGGCCAAGUUCCUGGAGAAGAGCUUCCACGAGUCCAAGAGCUUCCGUGAGCACGCCGCCUACUACGCCGCCAUCUCGCUGGUGCUUGACACUCUGAUCCAGAGCUACGACAAGCUGCCCGCGACGUUCCAUCGCGAGAUCGCCGAGAACAUCACGCAGAACCUGUCACCCAUCGAGGUGAUGAUGAAGGAGAAGGAGGUGGCCGAGUCGCCCGACCUCAUCCAUCGCUCGAUCGACGACGACAUUGGCCACAAGUCAGCCAUCUCGCUCCGCAAGGAGGAGGAAGAGAUCAGGAAGCUGCUCGAGACUGACCCAUACGCUGUCAUCAAGUUUGAGAUGGGUUGCUCAUACCUGCGCUACGGCUACAUGACGCAUCUAUUUGGUAUCAUGUGCUCGAAGCGUGGCCACACCAAGCAGGCCAGCACCAAGCUGCUCAAGAAGGCGGGUUCGCUCAUGCAGAUGAGUAUCGAUACGGACCCCAACAACCGAGACAUCCUCAUCGAGCACAUCAAGAAGUUCACAUCAUCCAGCCAGUUUAUCGACUUUUACCAGUCGGCCAUCGGAUGUCCAUCGGUCAUUGACUUUUUGGAGGACCGCUUCUCGCGUAUUGGUCACCUGUCUCUAAAAGACUGCUGGCACAUUCCCAUCGAGUUGAUCGAAGGACUGAUCGAGUACUCGCCCAAGGUCAAGGUGCUCGUGCUAGAUGGAUGCACUCAGGUCACCGAUUCCACAAUCGAGUUGAUCGCCAAGAAGAUGCUACAUCUCGAGACACUCAGUCUGUGUGACUGUGUCAAGAUCACCACGAUCGUGUCACAACGCCUGCUCAAGGAGCACCUGGCAGAGGUGGCCAAGAAUGGCAAGUCACAAAGCAGUGUCAGCACUGGAAACCUCAAUGAGUAUAUCCAAGAGUCAUCAUCAUCGUCUUCGUCAUCAUCGACCAAGAGAUGUAUAUUCGAGAAACCAUCAUUCAAAUGUCAUGCUGGCGCAACACCCAACCAGAACAUACUGAUGACCUCGUUGAACAAUGUCCUGACGGCAUCCAACCAGGCACCAACGUCUCCCCCACUGGCACUCAAGCCACUUGGCCUACUACAGAACCUCAAUCUGAGUGGCUGCCUGGCCAUCAAGGACGACACAAUCAUCAACAUUGCCCAGCUCAACCUGCCCCUCCUCUCAAUCUCACUCAAACAAUGCAUCAACAUCACCGAUCGUGCAAUCAUCCAGUUGACUCAGCACAGCCACCGCCUGCAAUCCAUCAACUUAAGUGGAUGCACAAACAUUGGCGACGCAUCAAUCUACGCCAUCACGUCCACCUGUCUUGGCCUGCGCGAGCUCAACCUCAACAAGUGUGUCAACGUCACAUCGUCCUCGAUCGACAAGUUCUGCAAGACGUUGCAGAGCAGCAUUCGCUCGCUACGUCUGUCCAAGGCACCGUUGGCCGUCACCGACGACACACUGCGCCUCAUUGGCAAGUACUGCAUAGAGAUGCAGCACGUGAACAUCACCAACAACACGCUGGUCACCGACCACGGCGUCAACAGCCUGACCAAGUCGGUGCGCAACAUUGUUGAGCUCAACAUAUCCUAUUGUGUCAACAUCUCGGACCAGGGCAUCGCCAUGAUCGCCAGCGCCUGUCCCAAGCUCCGCAUCCUGCGCAUGGCCGGCCUGAACAGCGUGUCGUCUCUGCGACCGAUCGGAAACAACUGUCCAGAGCUGGUCGAGUUGGAUGUCACCGAGUGCCACAAGAUCACUUCGGACCUGGGCUGUGUCACCAAGGGCUGUCCCAACCUCACCAUCUUUAAGCUGCGCCGCUGCUACGGCAUCCAGGACGCGCCACUACUCUCAGACGACGGCGAGAUCCACCUGCUGUGCAAGAUGACCAAGCUGGACUGGAGCCACGGCAACAUCGAGUUCCCCACCAUCCACUCGAUCACGCACUCGUGCAAGUCGCUCACAUCGCUCAACAUCUCCUAUUGCAAGAGCCUGAAGGACUCGUCGCUAGAGAGGAUCGCGGCGUCCCUUCCCCGUCUCAAGAAGCUCAAGAUCGACGCAUUGGUCACCAUCACGGACGAUGGCAUCAAGGCACUGUCCGAGGGCUCGCUUCACAGCAACCUCGAGGUGCUGUCGCUGGCCGGCUGUCGAAAGAUCACAGACGUCAGUGCCCGAUACAUCCUGCAGUUUAGCAACCUGCGCAAGAUAUCGAUUGGCGAGUGCAUGAUGACCACCUCUGGUGCCGAGAUCAUCGUGGCCGACUCCUUUGAGUUGAUGCAAUUCAAUGUUCGCAACUGUCUCAACAUCAACAUCAUUCAUCUUAAGGAGAAGCAUCCACACAUCUGUUUCAAGAGUAUCAAGAAGGAGACUGCCUACUUCUCUGAAUGA